GUCGGCUUCACUUCUACAGCACUGUACGCUAUUGUCGAACUUUCUCAAAUUCCUCCUUAAAUGGCGAACACAUUGAGAUCGUACUUGGCAUGUAUAAGAAACACUCUAGAGGCUGCCAUGUGCUUGCAGAACUUUCCCUGUCAAGAAGUUGAAAGGCACAACAAGCCAGAAGUUGAGCUGAAGACCAGCCCGGAACUUUUGCUGAAUCCUGUAUUGAUCUGUCGUAACGAGGCUGAGAAAUGCUUGAUAGAGACAUCCAUCAAUUCCCUUCGCAUAAGCAUUAAGGUAAAGCAGGCAGAUGAACUUGAAAAUAUACUAACCAGAAAAUUCCUUAGAUUUUUGUCAAUGAGGGCAGAGGCAUUCCAGGUAUUGAGGAGAAAACCAGUUCAGGGUUAUGACAUUAGCUUUCUUAUCACCAACUAUCAUUGCGAGGACAUGCAAAAGCACAAACUUAUAGAUUUUAUUGUGCAGUUCAUGGAGGAUAUUGAUAAAGAGAUUAGUGAAUUGAAAAUGUCUGUCAAUACACGGGGAAGACUUGUGGCGACAGAGUUCUUGAAGCAGUUCAUCUGAUACUUAAAAAAUGGUCAUUUGCAAUGAUGUUCUUUAGGGUGAGAACAAUGUAGCAGCUGUAGCUAUGAAGAGGACUAACACAUGUGCAUGUAUCUCAGGAACUCAGUUCUUAAAAUUAUUUACCAUUUUUAUAAUGAAUUUAUAUUCUUCAUCC